AAAGGGGGAGGGACCACUCUGCUCACGAAAACUCCACUUUGCAGAACGCUUCUGUCAGGUCCUACUGUCUGUCUCUUUUCCGGGCAUUUAAUGCCUCCAAGAUUCAGGUUUGCUUUUCCAUCUUUUCCUUGUGCAUCCCUGACAACAGAGCCUAUUGCCUGCUGGCUUGACUGAGGGACAGUAAUCCACCUCUCCUUGUUACUGCCAUGAGGAAAAUGUACACCCUCUUUCUCUUUGUAGUGGGCUCCCUUUGUUUUAACGGAAGCACAGCAGCAGAUGCUGAAGAAAAGCUGAUGAACCACCUCCUGAGUCCUGACAGGUACAACAAGUUAAUUCGACCGGCUGUCAACUCCUCCCAGUUGGUGUCCAUAGAACUGCAGGUUUCCCUGGCACAGCUCAUCAGUGUGAAUGAACGGGAGCAGAUCAUGACUACAAAUGUCUGGCUGAACCAGGAGUGGAUUGAUUAUCGUCUGGCUUGGAAGCCCUCGGACUAUGAAGGGAUAAAGAUGCUGAGAAUACCUGCCAAACACAUCUGGUUGCCAGACAUUGUGCUUUACAAUAACGCGGACGGCACGUACGAGGUCUCGCUGUACGCGAACGCGAUCGUGAAGAACAACGGGAGCAUCCGCUGGCUGCCACCAGCCAUUUACAAGAGUGCCUGCAAGAUCGAAGUCAAGCAUUUCCCCUUCGACCAGCAGAACUGCACCCUGAAGUUCAGAUCCUGGACGUACGACCACACAGAAAUUGAUAUGGUGCUCAAAACUUCCAUGGCAAGCAUGGACGACUUCACGCCGAGCGGAGAGUGGGACAUUGUAGCACUGCCAGGAAGGAGGACUGUAAAUCCUCUGGACCCCAGUUAUGUCGAUGUGACAUAUGACUUCAUUAUUAAAAGGAAACCUCUUUUUUACACCAUCAAUCUUAUCAUUCCCUGUGUGCUAAUCACGUCCUUAGCCAUCCUGGUAUUCUACUUGCCUUCAGACUGUGGUGAAAAAAUGACCUUGUGCAUCUCUGUGUUGCUCGCCUUGACUGUGUUCUUGCUGCUGAUCUCCAAGAUUGUCCCUCCGACGUCUCUCGAUGUUCCACUGAUUGGGAAGUAUCUCAUGUUUACAAUGGUACUGGUGACCUUCUCAAUAGUUACCAGUGUCUGUGUACUCAAUGUCCACCACAGAUCUCCAAGUACCCACAUGAUGCCCCCCUGGGUAAAGGUGGUUUUCCUUGAAAAACUCCCAGCCUACCUGUUCAUGAAGCGUCCAGAAAACAAUCCCCCACGGCAAAAGCCCUGCAACUGCAAAAAGACAAAAGCAGAGCACCCUUGUAUGGAGGCAGCUGACUUCUACAAGAACUCUACCUAUUUUUUGAAUACAGCUCCUGCCAAAAAGUAUGAUACGAAGGUCUCUGAGACACUUGACAAUAUCAGCAGUCAUCGAGAUUUUAGGUUAAGAACAGGCACGAAAUUUUCUCCUGAAGUCCAAGAAGCAAUUGAUGGAGUCAGUUUUAUAGCAGAGCACAUGAAAAGUGAUGACAACGACCAGAGUGUCAUUGAAGAUUGGAAGUAUGUUGCCAUGGUAGUGGACAGGCUGUUCCUCUGGAUAUUUGUCCUUGUUUGUGUCCUGGGGACUGUUGGAUUAUUUCUGCAACCCCUUUUUCAAAACCACACUGCUGCCAUGAACCCUUAGUUGCCAUUUAAAAUUGUCAAUAUUUACACAAAUGUUGGGUCCCAUUCUACUCUCAGUUCCCCUCUGUUAAAUCCACAGAGAUGCCAAGUGAGUUGCGCUUACAUCCCUUAGGGUAGGGAAAAGGAAAGUAGAACUUGACUUACUGUUGUAAGAAAAAAAAACCCAAACAAGCAGAAAACUAAAA